UCGGAUUCUUUUGUUUUGAUCAUGUAAACAAAAGAAGCAUGGCAGGGUUGGAACUUUUAUCUGAGCAAGGAUUCAGGAUUGACGGUCGAAAGGCGACUGAAUUAAGGCGUAUUCAAUGUAGAUUGGGAGUUUUCAGUCAGGCAGAUGGAUCAGCUUACAUUGAACAAGGGAACACCAAAGUAUUGGCGGCGGUUUACGGGCCUCAUGAGAUUCGAGGAAGCAAAUCUAAAGCUUUACAUGACAAGGUGUUGGUAAAUUGUCAGUACAGCAUGGCGACAUUCAGCACAGGGGAGAGGAAACAUCGCCCCAGGGGGGACAGAAAGUCGAAGGAGAUGACCAUGCAUUUACAACAGACCUUUGAUGCAGCUAUACUCACCAGCCUUCAUCCCAGAUCACAGAUAGAUAUAUUUGUUGAGGUUCUGCAAUCAGAUGGAGGUAACUACUGUGCCAGCGUUAAUGCAGCGACUCUUGCACUGAUAGAUGCAGGAAUUCCAAUGAGAGACUAUGUGUGUGCGUGCUCAGCAAGUUUUGUUAGUGACACUCCCUUAGUUGACAUCAGCUAUCUGGAAGAAACCUCCGGAGGGGCGGAGCUUAUAGUGGCAACACUGCCCAAGUCUGAACAGAUAGUGUUUCUUGAGAUGAAUGCUCGACUGCAUGAGGACAAUCUAAGCCCCGUGCUCGACCUGGCAGUGAAGGGGUGUAAGGACAUUCACGACGUGUUGGAUCAGGCUGUUAGAGACCAUGUGGCCGAGGCGGCCGUGGUAUCAGGACUGGAAUGAUGUCUGUUUAUUGUGCAUUGUAUAUAAUAUAAUAAUAAAACAUAAAAAUCA